ACAGGAAUUAGAUUAUAACUGAUUAUUAGAAGAAUAAUUGUUGAAAUGAUUCUAUUAAUUUUAAAAGUAAUAUUAAUUUUAGUAUUAUUUCUCGUGCUCUAGACUGUAAAAAGUAUCUAAACUUGCGGUGCAGUUUAAUUUUCUCGUUAAUUUGACCAUAGCUAAUUGCAGAAGUUAUCUCUGCCAUGCAGUGCGAACUGCGACUGGAGCUGAACGAUCUGACAUGCCAAAUGCGUAAUUUUAAAUUUGGCGAUCUUCUCGUGAAAGUUCAUUUUGUUGAUAUUUGAUUGUUAUUUGUUUUGAAACUGAUAUUUCAUUUGCUCCUUUUUAUUUCCUUCUGAAAGCUACAGAUUAAGGAGAAACCAAGUGCUCAGCGUACGGCAGGUUAUCUGCGUGGGGUGGAACAAUUCGUAAAGCGUGUGUCCACCAAUGGCAGUCUUUGGCAAUGCGAAUUGGCUGUAGCAAAGUAUCAAUGCGGAUUGGCUGUACUGAGCUACUCGGAUAGCUAAUAGAGUAAUCCAAGCGUAACUUGCACGCUCCUUGUAGUUCACACGCACUCGGACCCUAGUCGUGAACAGUUCAGCUUGCCAUGACUUCCGCGCUCCGAUUCGCUCAUCAGCCGCACCGGCACGGGAUCUGGCCUGGAUGCACCCGCGUUUCGUAGUUUAUUUUAAUUCUCUCGGUAUCCUGUGCAGUUAAUUGACAGUUAACUACACAUUUCACUUCUGGACUCGUGAGGGGGCAGGGGCAACUACGUCGCAGAUUCCUGUAGUGACCCGUUCUGUUGUCAGUACUUUGCAAAUAUGGCGGCCACCAAAGGCAGCGCAAUUGCCUUCUUUCACGAAGUGAAAGUCAACGAGGACUGUCCAUGGUCGCGCGUGUCGGCCAUUUCCCUCGGGGAUCUUCAGCCCAUCAACGGUGCGGCGACAAUCGAAGAGCACACGCUGUGCUUGGGAAAACUGCGCAGUAAAGCGCUGCCCUGUAUCGUCCUGUACGUGACGGAAGAUGAAUCGGUGGAUGAGCUGCGGAAGAGUGUCCAUUUCAGUGCCGCGAUGGAGGCGUCGUAUGAGAAAAUGGGAUCGAAAUGGGCGGCCAUUCUCCAGGCGAAGAAAGCGGCUGCCGAGAAGGUAGACAACGAACAGGAAGCUCCGCGUACCGAUCCUCCGACUGUGGUUAUACAGGAAAAGGAGCAGCCACCGGAUACAGCACGGUCGACAGCCGAAACCGAAGCGGCAUUGCGCAUUUUCCACACGUCUGCCCAAGCAGAUGCAGCACGAUUUCGGUCUGCGGCUACGGGCGGUACAGCUACGGGAUCCCAUUUGUUUCCGCGAUUAUCAGCGCCCACUCCUGCCGAAGAGGGGCGCUUUUCGCCGGAAAUCGGGGAUGGUUCAGGGCGAAGGGGACUACCUGGAACAGCAAUUCGAACUCCUCCUUUUCCAAAGCCCCCUUCUGCCGGUCCACUGCGUCCGCAGCGUCGAGCUAGGAUUGGCCGCGUAUAUUCCGAUCCGGAUUUUCCUCCUCCGAGAACGCGUCGUUGUUUCAAACGAUCUGGUCACGCGCGGACUGUUUUUUCUCCACUGACCUGUAUACCAGCGGUCUGCUCAUGGGAUACUGUCCCCACCGGCAAUGGCCCCGUCAAUGUGGCUGCACUGCAGGAGAAAGUGGAACAAUGCGGUUCCUGGCGGCAGUGUUUCACAGCGGCGCUGUAUGGUCUAUUUUCUUAUGCGGAAUUAAAUGCGCCUAAUGCCACCGCUUCUACAAUGGAACAAACUCGUUUGAAGAUAGCAGUGGGUUUGGCACGAGAGUAUUGCUGCAACAGGAAUAAAGCACCACCCUCUAGCGUGCAGCUGUCAAGUGCCUUAUACCAUGCGAAGCUGGGCAGUGGAAAAAAAUGAAUCGGGGUGCGAUCUUACUGACAAUGAGUUUUACCUACCCUUUGUUCAGGAUCUGUUUGUGAAUUUCGUUACAUAAAAUUAAAAAUGUUUAUAAGCACUUAUGUACUUAACGGAACCGAUGCAUUUGCUAACGAGCGAUCUUCUUUUAUAAUGAUAUUGUUGUCGCGCGUUUUUGAUAAAUUUCUGCUGAAGUUUAAGGACUUACUCACCAGUCAGGAACAGUUUUGUAGUGUGUGUUGUAACUGUUGUUCAUUUACUAACUUCUGUUGCUUUGCUUUGGGAGUUGUUGUAUUAUUUUGUUUAUAGAGUCUUCACAUUAAUAUGGCGUUGUAUACAGA